GGGAGGUGGUGGUGGUGUGGGGCACGGCGGUGCAGCAGUGCAGCAGGGCGCGUGUGCAGGAGGCUGAGCCCAUCACCACCGCCACCUCCGCUGCAGCAGUGCGCAUUGUCGGCACCAUCACCACCAUCGUCACCGCCGUCAUCGCAUCGGCAUCAUCAUCACCACCGUCACCACCAUCAUCGCCACCGUCGAUUCAACAGGAGCAUUGCACCACCAGCUUCGUCGCCACCGUCGAUUCCACGCCGUCAUCGCCUCUUCUAACGUCGCCGUCUCGUCAGUCGGCAUCGGCACAGGCAUCGGCACAGGCAUCGGCACAGGCAUCGGCACAGGCAUCGGCACAGGCAUCGGCACAGGCAUCGGCACAGGCGCUGCUGCGUCUCGCCCGUGCAGGUGACGGAGUCGGAGUUGGGCUCACGCAGCGGGCUGCGAGGCCCCGCGAGGGCAGCUCGGAGUGCAACCCCGGACCAUGACGCGCUCCGACACGCCCGACCUCAUCGCCUCCGCCCUGCGUCGCCCCCGCGGGUCCCCCGGCGGCGCUCGCCCCGGCGCUUGGCCCGGCACCCUCGCCCCCUGGGCCUCCGAGCCGCCGACACCCUCGUGCCGCAAGCGAUGCCCCGGCUCCGCGGCAGCCGCUAUGUCUGAGAGCGCCGCCGGUCGGCAGCUGGCGCCAGCACCGGCGCGCCCCCAACCCAAGCCGCCGUUACCACGCCGGCCCCCCUGGAUCACGCCGGGCCCGCUGUGCGCGUCCAGCCCCGAGCUGCUGAUGCCGAGGUUUGCGUCGUGCCAGCCCGGACCUCCGGCGCCGUGGCCACCGCCGCCAAUGGUGCCGGGGCCGCUCGCUGAGUGGCGCCGCUCGCGGGCGCCGGCGCAGUAUCUGACGCCGCUGCGCAGGGCGGUGGAGGAGCGGGCACGUGAGGCGGUGAGUCGCAGCACCGGCUCACUGGCCACCAAGAGCCAGCUCUACGACAUCCACCCCAGCAAGUACCAGACGCGGCACGAGCGGCCCUACCACCAUGUGCCCAUCCCGCUCAUCCCUCGGGAAGCGGGCUCCGAUCGCCGGCGCGGUGACUGGCGCCGGGAGCCAUCUACUGCCACGACACCAUCACCAACAUGGACGCCCCGGCGUGGCCUGCUGGACGCGACACUCUCAGUGCACGAGCCCGGCCGGAGGGCACCGGCGGCGACGUUCACGUUCCGGUCGACGGGGACGCCGCUCCACCCAUCCGAUCGCCGGCUCGCCACGUCGGCCUCCAGCUUGAGCGGGGCACUGUCGCAUGUGCGGCAGAGGAUCGACCUCCACCCGCUGGACUCCACACGCUACCGGUCGUCGCCGGCACGCCAGGAGCAGCCGGUGAACUGGGCGCACAGCCGCUCAGAGCCGCACAUCCCAGCGAGCGCUGGCUACGUGCCGUCGCGCCACCUCUUGCCAACGCCGGCGUACCUGGAGGGCCGACGCACGUCUGACACGGCGCUGGUGCCGACGCCGACUCCUCCAGCGCCCCCCACUCGAGGCUCAUCAUUCUGGACAUUCUCCCGAUCGCUGGACAACCUCUACGCGUGCUUGGCGGAGCGCCGGCGUGGUGAUGGCACUCGCAGCCGUGAGGGUCGGCCGACUCCGACUCCGACUCCACCACCACGCUCGGCACCGCCGCGCUCUGACCGCAUCCCCGUGGUGCAGCUGUCACGAUCGCCGCGCCGCUACGCUGCCCUCUCGCUCUCCGAGAGUGCCAUCUUCAGCAAGGCGAGCGGGCCCAGCUGGCGCCUUGCACCAUCCAUUACUAUCACCGACAACGAGCUCUCGCCAGUGGGUGGUGGUGGCGGCAGCCGGUCGAUGGAGGAGCUGCGUGGAGGCGACGGCGCCGGCGUCGGCGGUGGUGCCACCGAUUACUUGGGCUUCGGCAGCCUGGCGCUGCACAAGACGGUGUCGCCGGCAUCACCUGUUGCCAGCCAGGAGCUCGACGAGAUCCUCACUGACAUCGCGGUGCACUCCUCGCCGCGACUCUCCGACGAGUCCAGCGCGCAGUCUGACCGCUUCGCCCAGCAGCUCCACAGCCUCAUUGACAGCGAUGAUGGCGGCGGUGCCAGCGGCCGGGAGAAUGAGGCCGGGGAAGAGGAGGAUGCGGAGGAGUACAGAGAGGAGAGACCAGCGGACGGAACUGGCCGAGCAUGCCCGGCGUCCCCCGCCAGCCGAUUGCGGCACCGGCGCCUCUCCGAGGCAGUUGCACCGGCGCCGGCGCCCACCUCGCUCUGCCGUCGCGUGCUGCGGCUGUGCCGCACCGACGCCGAGUCGCGCCGCGUGCUGUCUAGGGCGGCGCGGGUUGGGUACCUGUCCCGGGGGCGUGGCUGCCUCUUUCUGGGCUUCCCGGGUCCGGCGUCAGCAUCAGCGUUCCUGCGGCACGGCCUGGACGGCCUCCUGGUGUCGCCCGCCUACCUCUCUCUGCGCGAGAUCCAGGCCCAUGCGCGGCGGCUUGGCGACUACGUGCAUGAGCUGCAGACUGCUGGCUCUGAGUAUGACCCGGACUCGCGCUUCGUGCUCAGCGUGAGCGUCUCAGCGCCCGCUGGGCCGCUCACCGCCCGCCGCCUCGCCAAGAUCCGGCUGGCCCCGGCUACGACGCCACCGGCGCUGCCUCCUCCGUCGUCCCCCUCCUCCGCCGCAGCCGCCUCGGCGUCCGAUACGCUCAUCCUGACGCCGCCGGCUGGUGCCGGCGACGGGGAGCGCCCCGGCGCGGAGGGCCGUCGCUCCCGGGAGUUGGCGCUCACAUCCAUUCAGCGGGAGCUGCGGGAGCGAGGGGUGUGCCUGCGCCGGGACCACCCGCGGCACUACGCGGCGCUGUGCCGCUACGUGGAGACGGGCAGCCGCCCGCCACCUGCCGCCAUCUACCCGCUGGACCGGCGAACCGGGCGCCGCUUCCUGUGCCUCCUGCUGCCGGCGUCCGAGCCGCUGGCGCUGGGCUGGGUGGACAGCCCCAGGCUGCUGCGGGAUCUGCUGUGA